AUGGGAAAAAACGGAGUCAAAUCUAUUCCACAAAAGACGAAUAAAGCCAGCACGGUUAAACCUGCUGCUACAAAAAAGAUAGUACCUAAUAAAAAAAGAAAUAUUUCUAAAAAGGUGGAAUCGGAUUCUGAUGUUUCAAGUGAUGAAAAAAAAAACGGAAACAAAAAAAAUUCAAAUGAUAGUGAUACUAGUGAAGAUUCUAGUGAAGAUUCCAGUGAAGAGGAUUCUAGUAGCGAUUCUGAUGAAAAAACAACCACUAAGAUACAAAAUAAAAAAUCUUCAAAAGUGAGUUCUAGUGAUAGUACUUCUGAUUCGUCAGAAAGUGACUCAAGUUCAAAUGAUAAAGAAAAAAAAGUUGUUAAAACGAAAAAUGGGUCAACUUUCAUUCUAUCAAAGGAUUCUUCUUCAGAGGAUGACGAUUCGUCGGAAAGUGACUCAAAAUCUGAAAAUAAGCAAGAAAAACUAAAUGUUUCCGCACAACAAAAUGGUGCAAAGAGAAAGCAAGACGAACAAAAAUUUUCUUCACCCAAAAAGACCAAAAUUAAUGAUGACGAUUCAUCAAAUUGUACAGUGUUUGUGGGCAAUCUUUCUUAUAAUAUAGAUGAAGAUCGGUUAGCUCAAGAACUUGAAGAAGCAGGAGAAAUUACGGAUGUACGAAUUAUAUAUGAUAAAGAAUCAGGAAGACCAAAAGGAUUUGGAUAUGUUGAAUUUUCUAAUUCAGAAUCUGCCAAAAAGGCAUUAAGUUUUUCGGGUAAAGAUGUUGACGGGCGAUCCAUUAAAGUUGAUCUCGCCGAUCAAAAACCAAAAAAUGGUGGUGGUGGCAAUGCAAAUAAUAAUAAUAAUGGUUUUCAAAAGGAUCUAAGUGAACCAAGUGACACGCUUUUUAUUGGAAAUUUAUCGUUUACAGCGGAAGAAGAUACAAUUUGGAAAACUUUUGAAAAAUAUGGUCAAAUAAAUUCGGUUAGGCUUCCAACUUUUCCAGAUACUGGUGGACGUAAAGGCUUUGGAUACGUAACAUUUACUGAUGUUACUUCGGCUCAAGAAGCUAUGGAAUUACAAGGUACAAGAAUAGAUGGACGUGCUGUUAGGCUUGAUUUUGCUGCUCCACCUCAACAAUCAUUUGAGUCAAGUUCUCCUCGGAGAGGUGGGAAUCGAGGUGGAUAUAGAGGUGGAGGUUUCGGUGAUAAUAAUAGAGGAGGUAGUCCGGGUAGAAUGGCUGCAAAUAAGGGAACAAUAGUUCCAGGGAGAGGCAAAAAAAUCGUCUUUGAUGAAUAA